AUGCCACCCGUUGGACCACGAGCGCCCAAGGAAGAAUUCAUGCGCGCUUUGAACCUCAGCACCACUGACCCGCACCACGAAGGUUACUACCGAGCCAUGAGAGACGAAGCCAUCACGGUGUACAACAGACUACAGGCAGACCGUAGCAACCUUCUGGAUCCUCAGCAGCAGAACCGGAGCGUUCAACCACCCUUCUUCUGGCAUCACAUCAGACCUGAUCGUCGUCGGGAAGCCAUCAUCGAGACAUGGCAGCAGGCCAGACCAGGCACAGUACAGCGAAGACUGUUUGACCAUGGUUCAACCGAUGGCGAACACUCUCCGAACUGGGUGACCCUCUGGCUGCUUUACAGCGUCUUCCGUUCCAGAGAUGUGCGCAACAACCGCAAUCGUCGGGCUGGAGAUAGCGGCAGUGGUGGCGCAGGACACAGUGGCGGUGGUGGGGAGGCUAAAGUGUAUGAUCCUGCCAGAAACGCAUAUCGGCCAAGAUGA